AGGACGAUGGCGGGCGUGGCGGCGGCGGCGGCGGCGGGGGCGGGGGUCCCGCAGCGGGCGUGGAGCGCGGAGCAGCUGCGCAGCGAGGGGCUGCCCAAGAAGGACAUCAUCAAGUUCCUGCAGGACCACGGCUCCGACUCGUUUCUCGCAGAACAUAGAUUACUGGGAAACAUAAAAAAUGUGGCCAAGACAGCUAACAAGGACCACUUAGUAACAGCCUAUAACCACCUUUUUGAGAGUAAGCGCUUCAAAGGAUCCGAGAGCGUGGGAAAAGUGACAGAACAGGUGAAGAACGUGAAGCUCGACGACGAGAAAUCUAAAGUCAAGGCCGAGGAGACUCAGGAUGAGGGCCCUCCAAAAUAUACAAAAUCGAUCCUCAAAAAGGGAGAUAAAACCAACUUCCCCAAAAAGGGAGAUGUUGUUCACUGCUGGUAUACUGGAACACUACAGGACGGGACUGUUUUUGAUACGAAUAUUCAAACGAGUUCCAAGAAGAAGAAGAGUGCCAAACCUUUAAGUUUUAAAGUCGGAGUGGGAAAAGUCAUCCGAGGGUGGGACGAAGCUCUCUUGACGAUGAGUAAAGGAGAAAAGGCGCACCUGGAAAUUGAGCCGGAGUGGGCUUAUGGCAAGAAAGGGCAACCUGAUGCGAAAAUCCCACCAAACGCAAAACUUAUUUUUGAUGUGGAAUUAGUGGAUAUUGAUUGAAAUACAACGUACGGUCUCUGCUGCUCAAAGUACUUCACUCCGAAGACUUGAGGAAUGGCCUACACAAGACUAGGGCCUGUGUAUCAGUUUGGUUUUUCAAUGUUGUUUUGGGGAAACCUCGCUAACACACUGAUUAUCUUUUGUGAUUGUUUUAGGAAUAAGUUAUUCAAUAAACUGCAGUUACAAGACUA